UUUUUUCUUUAUAUAGUUCCAUUUGGCUUAGUAUUGCUGUGGGGCUGAGAGGAAUGUUGUGGCGUUGAGAUUACUGUAUAGAGUUAUGUAUCUAAUAAUGUUAACACUUGGUGAGGAUCAUCCUGAAAUGUCUAAUGUUGAUUUUAACAUUGGUUUACUACUGAGUAAUGCUGGUCAUUAUGAAGAAAGUCAGGCAUAUCUGGAAAGUGCUCGUAGAUUACAAAACAAGUUUCAUGGAAGUCAAUCAAUUACUGUAGCCACAAUUCAUCAUCUUCUUGCCAACUCAUUGACUCACAUUGGAGCAUUUGCUGAAGCUAAGCAAAAUAAGAGAAAAGCAUACAAUAUCUAUAGGACUAAAUUUGGCCCAGAUCAUGCACGUACUGUUCAGUCUUUUAAAAAACAUGAGGUAUAUCACUGAGAAGCAAGUCUCUUAUGAGCAGACUGUAAGUGUAUUUGGCUAACUAUUGCCAAUGGUUAAUUACCAAAAUUAUCUUGUUCAUAUGUUGUCUUCAUAAAUUA